UAUUUGCCAAUAUAAUACUAGGAGUGUGAUUCGCAGAGUUGACAUUUUUGGUUUGCCUGCGUAAUGAACUUAUAGAUUAUUAUCAAAUUCUCAUCAAACGUUGUUUAUAGGAAUUAUGAAAGUAGUGGGCUGUUUUAUAUGAAGAAAAGUGUGGGAUAGGGUAAAGCAAAACUAUAUCCUUAAAAUAAAUAAAUAAAUAAAAGUCAGAAUGAGUGAAUGAGAUCUCUCUCUCUCUCUCUCUCUCUCUCUUUCUCUCUCUCUUUCUCCCUCUCUGCUUCUAAAAUCAAUUUCCAUUGAAAAUGCCAAAUUCUGGUGGUGGAAUAGAAGAGAAGAGAGUUGAAUCUGUUCAUCACCAUGCUGGUAAUUGCAGUCCAGAAGUAAGAAAGGUUGAACUUCAAAAUGCCAAAGCCGAAAUGAGUGAGGUAAGAGAAGAGAAUGAAAGAUUGAAAAUGAUGUUGCAGAACAUUGAAAAGGAUUACAAGUCUCUCCAAUUGCGAUUCUUCGACAUCUUUAAUCGAGAGGCUGCUUCCAAGAAACCUACAGAUUCAGCUCCUGAUCAUCAUCAUCAUGAUGUUGAAGAAACCGAAGAACCCCAGCUCGUGUCUCUUUCUCUUGGAAUUAAAAGUCCAGUGGAGUCCAAAAAAGACGAAAAUUCUACUAGCAGCAGUUUAAGCAAAAAUAACGUGGAUGAUAAUGAAGAUUUGAGGGCAAACCUUACCCUGGGGUUAGGCACUACAAGAAAGCAAGUAUCGUCAAAACUAACUGUGUCUGACCCAAGUCCCACGAACAGUUCAGAAGCUCAUCAAGCUCCAGGAGCUGGAGAUGCAUUGCAACCAUCAAGCAAAAGAACUAGUACAUCAAAAACUAUGAGAAAUGGGGAUGAUGAAAUUUCGCAGCAGGCUCAUGCAAAAAGAGCUAGGGUUUCUGUUAGAGCUAAAUGUGACACUCCAACGAUGAAUGACGGAUGCCAAUGGAGGAAAUAUGGACAGAAAAUAGCGAAAGGAAAUCCAUGCCCACGAGCAUACUAUCGCUGCACUGUUGCACCAGCAUGCCCAGUGAGAAAACAGGUGCAAAGAUGUGUUGAGGACAUGUCCAUUUUAAUAACCACAUACGAAGGAACACACAACCACCCACUUCCAAUCUCAGCCACAGCCAUGGCUUCCACCACUUCUGCUGCUGCUUCCAUGCUUCUGUCUGGCUCGUCAACAUCAUCUCAAACCCCAACACUCACCGCAAAUGCUGCUGUCCCUACUACUUCACUACUUCAUAAUAUUAAUGGAACAAAUUUUGGCCUCUUUGAUAAUUUAAGAACAAAGCCAUACUACUUGCCUAAUCCAUCCUCUCCUUUGUUCCCAACAGUCACCCUAGACCUCGCUUCCUCUCCAUCCUUUUCAUCAUCUCCCCAUUUCAAUAGGCUAUCUUCAACCUUUGCUUCACCUUCAAGAAUUCCUUCGUCAAGUCCAAGCUUUUACUCCUCCGAACCAAACAUUUUGCCACCGGUUUGGGGCAAUGGGUAUCUCAUUGGGAAACAAUCAUCCCCACAAGAAUAUUUCUACCAGGCAAAGCAACAUUGUGUCGAGAAGAACAGCAACCAAGCAUAUGCUCAAGAGGCUUUGACAGAAUCAUUGACAAAGGCAAUCACGUCGGACCCGAGUUUCAAAUCUGUAAUUGCUGCUGCAAUUUCAUCGAUGGUGGGGGAAAGUGAAUCCCAGGUGAAGCAAGGUGGUGGGUUGGAGAGAUUUGGCCAACGCUUGGCGACGUGGCCUGGUGAUCAUCAGGCUGUUGCUGAGGCAGUAGUGUCUCAGAGUCCAUUGACGCAGAAUGGGAAAGGAUGUGGAUGAAGCUACUUCAACAGAUUGCCAUCUUCCAAUUCUCAAGCUGGAAGCCUGAUGCUUCUCCAACCUCCAUUGCCAUUUUCUCCAUCCAAGAAUACUUCCACUUCUGCUCAUGAUAUUUAGAGGCCAGAAUCUAUUGUCUUUGGCUGUCUUUUCUUUUACAUAAUCCUUUAUAGUAGUUUAUGUAAUAUCCUUCAUAUUUACAUGGUCAGUUUAGAUACGUAGUAGUACUCAAAACUGUGAUAUCGCAAAACUCAUACUGGGAACGAAAGCAUAUUGUUUAUCAUUUACAACGAUGUUGACUAUACAGAUGUAUGCGAGUGUAAAUUCAAUAAUC